UUCUUUUCACUCGCGGGCGAGGCAGAUUGCAGGAUCGUGAUAUACUAAUUUACAUUUUUUAAUAAAAUUUACAACAAUGUCGAUAAAUAUUAAAACUGUGCUUAUUAGUGAAUCUGUAGACCCCAGCUGCGCCAGGAUUUUGUCAGAAAAUGGUGUUAAAGUAACAACUAAAACUGGCUUAACUAAAGAUCAGCUGAAAGAAGAGAUCAAGCAUUAUGAUGGCUUAAUUGUACGCUCAGCAACAAAAGUAACAAGUGAAAUUAUCGAAGCAGGAAAACAAUUGAAAAUUAUCGGUAGAGCUGGUGUUGGUGUGGACAACAUAGAUUGUGAUGCUGCAACACGAAAUGGAGUAUUGGUUAUCAACUGCUCUGGAGGAAAUACACUGAGUGCUGCUGAAUUGACCUGUGGUAUGAUAGUAUCUCUAUCUAGAAACAUUCCAGAAGCUUGUGCUUCCCUAAAGAGUGGAAAAUGGGAACGAAAAAACUUUAUGGCAAGUGAAUUAUUGGGAAAAACUUUAGCAAUCAUUGGACUUGGACGUAUUGGCAGAGAAGUUGCUUCACGAAUGCAGUCAUUUGGAAUGACAACGAUUGGUUAUGAUCCUCUGGUUCCUGCACAUGAAAGUGUGAAAUUUGGAGUAGAAAGUAUGGAGCUUGAAAAAAUUUGGCCUGUUGCUGAUUAUAUUACUGUUCACACACCUCUGAUACCUCAAACUAAAAAUUUAAUAAAUUUGGAUGUAUUUUCAAAGUGUAAAAAAGGAGUGAAAAUUAUUAACUGUGCUCGUGGUGGAAUUGUAGAUGAAGAUGCAUUACUAAGUGCUUUAGAAUCUAGUCAGUGUUCAGGUGCCGGUCUAGAUGUGUAUCUAGAGGAACCUCCUAAGAAUACUAAGCUUAUUCAACACCCAAAAGUGAUAUGUACCCCACACUUGGGGGCAAGUACUUAUGAAGCACAGAGUCGAGUAGCUGAUGAAAUUUCAAAUCAGUUUGUUGAAUUGAAUGCUGGAAGAUCUGCUCAUGGCAUAGUUAAUUCACCUGCUUUCUGUUUAUCAAUGGCAAAAGUAAAUAAGCCAUGGGUUACUCUCACAAAAUAUGCUGGAGCACUUGUAUCUGUGUUAUUUCCUGAAACUGAAAGGGAUCUAAGCUUGACAUUGACCGUGCACGGGCCUGAUCUUCACAGGAAAGAAAGCUUAUUUAGCACUGCUGCUUUAAUUGGUGUUCUAAAGCAGAGAAAUCAUUUAAAUGCCAAUUUCAUCAAUGCACCUACUUUAGCUGAAGAGAAAGGCUAUAAGGUUUCUGGUGUCGAUGUAUCUUCUGCCAAAGUGGAAGGCACCCUUCCAAUAUCAGUCUUGUUGGUUGCUAAAUCAGCAAGUCAAACACAUUCUGUGAAGGCUACUUUCUGGGGAGAGGAACCCUUGUUAUGUGCCAUUGAUGGGUGUGAUUUUAAUAUCCCACAUCCAUUUUCGGAUAAUUUAAUUGUGUGCAAAGGAACUUAUUCUGCUGAUACUACAGUCAACAUUUUAGGAGCUUUGAUGGAGAAAGGUGUUGUGAGUACCAUUUCAUGGUCAACAGUGGAUAAUAAAUUUUGGUGUGCCAUUAGUAGUUCUAUCACAUGUGAUGGCAUGCCAAAUAGUGUUUCCAAAUAUGCAGAUCUUUGGGCCCAAUUAAAUCUUUAAAUAAGCUUUAUAUUUCUAAUCAACAUUCCUUUCUCUUAAUAUUCCAAAGUAUUUUAGAAAAUAUUUUUACUUUCCUGUUAAAGAAAACUAUGCAAGAGUUUUUUAUAAUUCAUUUUGCUCAAAUUUAUUUCCAUAUAUAAAAUAAGUUCUAUUAUAUGACUGUUUCUAAUUUAAUGUUUGUUGUUUAUCUGAAGAUUUUUCAGAGUAACGAAUUAGAAAUAUAUAUACAGCACAACUGUUAGAUGCCAUUCAAUAUUUUGUUGUUGUUUCCAGUAAAGCUAUUAAAAAAACCGUUGAACUUUUAAACUAAAUUUUUAUUUUUUGUAUUAACUUUCUACGAAACUGCUAUAUAUGAAAAGAGUAUUAGUGUUAGUUGGUUGAUUUACAGAAUAUUACAUUUCUUCCAGGCCAAGUUUUAUAUAUAUUAUAUAUAUAUAUAUAUAUAUAUGUAGAGCUUUAAGUUGCUUGAAAAAUCUAUUUGGCAGUUGUAAUAACUUUUGUAUUCAUCUUUAUGGUUACAAUAAAGCCAUUUGAGCACAAA